GAUCUCAGCGAAAAGAAGAGGACCAUAGAAGGUCGUGGGAGACGGCGGACCUGGGCGCUUGCAAGCAAUCCCGCUGCUGGAUUUUCCUCUGCAUCACUUCCGAGCAGAAAGUCAGAGAGAGCGAGGCGCGGAGCCAUGAGCACGAUGGUUAGUGGCGUGUUGGCCGCCGCCGUGCUGCUGCUGCUGUGGCGCGUGGACAGGAUGACAGAGGCGUGCAGCUGCUCGCCCGUGCACCCGCAACAGGCGUUCUGCAACGCGGACAUCGUAAUCAGGGCAAAAGUAGUCGGAGGGAGAGAGGUAGAUUCCGGAAAUGACAUCUAUGGCAAUCCUAUCAAGAGGACUCAGUAUGAGAUCAAACAGGUCAAGAUGUUCAAAGGACCGGACAGGGACAUUGAGUCUGUUUUCACUGCGCCGUCCUCCUCGGUGUGUGGGGUCACUCUGGAGUACAAUGGCAAGAAGGAGUACCUGAUUGCAGGCAAGGCAGAGGGUGACGGAGCCAUGCAUGUGACCCUUUGUGACUUCAUCGUACCUUGGGAUUCCCUGACUGCUACUCAGAAGAAGAGCUUGACUCAGCGCUAUGAGAUGGGCUGUGACUGCAAGAUCACCCGCUGUACAUCUAUGCCCUGCACCAUUGGCUCCCCAGAGGAGUGUCUGUGGACAGAUUGGGUGCUGGAGAAGAGCAUGAGUGGCAGUCAAGCCUCCCACUACGCGUGCAUCAAAAGAAGCGAUGGCUCCUGCGCCUGGUACCGUGGCACGGCCCCUCCCAAGAACGACUUCCUGGAUAUCGAAGACCCUUAACAUGAAAAUUGGCUGCACCUCCCAAUUAGAAAUGCCUACUCAAAACUAAAAACAAAGAAGCUAAAUGUGACUAAUAAUGAUCAUGAUGAUGAGGAUGAAGACAGAUAUGCUCGGAGGUGGGGGGGGGUGGGUGGGCUCAUUCAUAACUUCAGUGCAGUGUGAGAUGCAACUUGAGUGCCACUUCCUCUGGAAAGUUGGCUUGGAGAAACGGUGUCACCAUGUGAGGGGCAGUCUUGUGUUGAGAGCACUCUCCCCCAAGAAGCGCUUAACCCCUCUUUUAUUAUUAAUAAUAAACUCAUAACCAAGUUUACAGCCCCAGUGAAAUUCAAUGAAUCCUUCCCACACAUUGUUUUCAGUGACACAUAAUUCCUAACCCGAGACUCUCUUUAGCCGAAUUUAACUGAGAAAAGUUAAACGUGACAUGG